AUGGAAGAAUUUCUAAUUACACCAACUGCUUGGUAUUACAUGAAGAAUCUUGGAGAGACAAAUACAUUUCUUGGUUUCACCCUAGCUGCUUAUUCAGCAGGGACGUUGGUGUUCUCACCAUUUAUCGGAUUUCUGGCAGUUAAAUAUGAAGCAUCAAAGUCUCUCGUUGUCAUGUGUGGGUUAGUGAAGUUAUUUGGUAAUGUUCUGUACUCGAUACCCGUCAAUGGAUAUUUUCCUUUGUUUGGGAGAUUUAUAUGUGGUAUAGGUGAAGGAACAACGGGAGUGCUGUAUGGAGCCGUGACAAAGUGUACUACCAACGAAAAUCGUGCAAAAACAUUUCUAUAUUUCGAAGGUCUCUACUCUAUUGGCGAAGUAUGUGGUCCAGCAAUUGGAAGUCUUCUCAUAUUCAACUUCAAUAUAUUAGGUGAGUAUAUAGUAUAUAUAGUUAAAAAAAUUCAUUAAUAAUUCACGAGGAAAAUACAAAAGAAAUGAGUGUUUAAUCAAUGUUUGUAAAUCGGAUAAAGAUUUGUCCUGAUUUACAUAAAGUUCAGCUUUGAUUUUCUCGGCUUAGACAAUGUUUAUUUUUAAAAUUACUUCACCAACGAACUCAUAAGAUCGAUGGGUCAUUUUUUAAGUUCGAUAAAACUUUCGCAUCCGAUCUGUAUCUGACAUACAAACUCUCGCCUUCGGCUCGAGUUUGUAUAUCAGAUACAGGUCGGCUGCUCAUGUUUUAUCUAGUACGUAUUUAGCAAGUACACAUGUUAAACGGGAGAGAUUCCUUUUCUAUAUAAUGGGGGCAAUAUUUCCAGCGUUUAGGUAAGAUAUCAGCGAUUAGGUAUCAACAAAUCAAUGUCACACGUACAUGUACACUAAAAUCUUCCUUGUUGGCUACCUGUAGAUUAUCAAUAAUCUUUAACAAUUAUACCAUGAGCUCGAGUCGCAUAUGAGCUGACAGCCGAUGAGGUGCGUAGCACUGAGGCGGCUAUUGGACAUAUACGACGAGAGCGCGCGAGUGGUACAAUUGUUUUAAAAUAUGGUCUAGUAUAUAAUAGCCAUUAACAGCAGCAACAAUAUAUUGUUCUCUGUUGCAGAGUUUGCCAGUUAUUUCGGCUAAAAUCCGCCUCGUUAGUUUGGCCUGAAAAUUUAACAUGUUGUUUUUGUAACUGGAGGUGAAAUUAUAAAGAAAUGGUUCUAGAACUGGUAUUUAUCACAGAAAAGCUUUUUCGCUGUUGUUUCGGUAUUAAUUCUUCAGUUAAAAAACUGGUUUUAAAAUCCGUUUCUACACAAUAAAUGUACUUUGCUAAUCUGUCAAAAUCGUUUGAGAGCUUUUUCGUGUACUUUUAUCUUUCUCUAAGCCAAUAUUUCUCUUUUUUUCUGCUUCGCAAAACUCUUGUAGCUUUUGUGAUGCUAUUUGUUUUUCGCUACUCGCCGCGGUAUAUUAUUAUUAUAUUAUAAUAGCCUACUAAAAAUACAUUCAUGCAGCAACCCCUCGCCGAUAUUUCCAAACAUAUUGAUUUAACGUGAAGUAUUGGUAAUUGAUCAAACUGCCGCAGGCUCUGGUUACGUCAGUGUUUCCAUGGCAUCACGAUAAUUUUAUAUUUUUAUAUUUUUAAAUUUUUAUUAUACUUUUGACUUGUACAACACGCCAAAAACAGUUGAAACAUUAUUGCUUUUAACUAUAUAACGAUGAAUUUCCGAAAUAUCUACUGUAGGUGUAUGUUGUUCUGGAUUCUGUGAGCUUUGAUUUAAUGUAAAACCUAACCUAAAUCGCUUCGUAAAAUGUUUUGAAAUGUUAAUUUUAAUUUUAAUAUAAACUAAACUGCUUUUGCCGAUAUUAAAUCUGUUUUUACAUCACACUGUUGAGUAAUUUUAGUUAGGUCUUUUAGUUAGGUCUGUAAUUUCUUUGCACUCCUUUACAUUUUACCUUUUUUUCUUAAAUGAAACACGGCAAUUUAGGAAACUUACGCAAUAAAUUAUAUAAAGCAACAAAAUUCAUAAAUAUUAAAAAUUCAAAGCAAAUUUGCCCUAUAUUUCACGAUUUCCCAUAGUAGGCUAAAUCGAUUCUUCUCAUUUCUUCAGACAAAAAUUGCCGCAAAGCUCAUUGCGUGAAACAUGAUUUUCCAAAUAUAUGCUUUUGAAAAUUGAAAUCUUGCUUAACCCACUCCUGGCAAACAACCAUAUUUUUGAGAUCAGUGAGGAGGUCCACCCCUGAAACAUAGUCACGCGCUGCGAUCAUUGAUGAACUUUAGACUUCGCUAAUGCUUUCCUUUCGCCGGGCGUGAAUAGCCAGGCGGAAUUAGUACCCUCGCCCGGGCUAACGCGCGGAACGGCGCCGUUGGCUCGGGAAUGAGUCGAUGAGUUAUGAGUUAUAAUAGGCCAUGUCCUGACAUUUCGCUCCAAUUUUGUCGCUGUUCAAUCUACUAGUUUUAAAAUACCUAAGAUAUUCUCUUGGUCUAUUUGUUUCUAAAGUUUCCCCGGUAGUACAGCUAUGAGUGUUUAUUAACUUAUGUGGCUGUAUUGUAUCUUGAUAUGGACAAUUCAGACUGUCUUCUGAUAUAGGAUGGGUUAUAUUUUCAAAAGUAUUACAAAAUGUUAGUUACAUAUAACUUUGUGCUUUACUUUUAUUAGGUUGGAAAGUUAACGCAGGGAAUUCGCCGGGGGUAAUUUUGGCAAUCAUUUGGUUAUUAUUGCUUAUUCUGACAAUGUUCCUACCAAGUGAUCUCGCGGAAGGGUAUGAAGCCGAAAACCAACCAAGUAUUGGCAAUAUUGAUAGCGAUCGUGAAAUUAAUGAAUCUAAAUCGGAAGAAACUAUUGCUGGCUGUCCACACUCGGUUGUCUUUUGUUUGUAUUUCCUUAUUUUCCUAAUGAUGUUUCUAACUACCACCUCUUCCACUUAUAUUCCGCUAUUGGCAAAGUACCAUCUAGGAUUGGACCUAAGUUACGUGAAAUUACUUUACCUCAAUUGCUCAUUAUUUGCUUUCGUUUUUUUCGUCGCUACUUACCUUUUGGUGGAAAGAAUUUCCGAAAAGAAUUUUAUUGUCUUCGGUGCUGUUUCACUAAUAUUCCAAAUUUUACCAAUAUUUUAUUUCGCUCUGUUCUGGGACAAUGAUAUGUCAGUGAAUGCAGCUUAUCUUUUGCUUGUUUCACUGUUAUUUAUUGGUGCCCAGUUCGUAAAUUUUGCUCUGAUCUCUUCAUUGUUAUCAAAACAAACACCAGCUGAGGAUGCCUCAUGUUAUCAAAGUCUUACAUUUACCGUAGCUCAUACCAGCAUUAUGCUUGGUCGUAUAUUAGCUGGUGCUUCGUUUCACAGAAUACCAAUGAUGUACACAUGUCUUUGUCUUUCCAUCUGUUGGUUAUUUGGACUUAUAUGGUUGGGUAUUGAAUAUAAGAACUUGGAAAAAGAUGAGAACUAGAUUGAGUCCAGAAACUCUGUGAAGGAUUCCUCUGUUGGUGGCAGGAUGGAGGAAAUGGGACCUAAGUGUAAGAAAUAGGUAGUGGACAUGACUGUAGAACCGAACUGUACAACCUAACUGUGAGACCUAGGCGGUGAGAUAUUUCAAAUUUGUUGGGGUUCUUUAUAUUCUAGGAAACCACCUUGGUCCAUAAUAUUUUCGUAUUUUAAGCCUUUGGGGCUUGAUUUCCUGCAUUUUCAGACA